UCACAGACGGUGCUGGAGGAGAGGAGCGGGAGCGCUCGUCGGUCAGGAUCCAAGGACGCACCGCGGGCACGCGCGCUGCAGGUCAUCUGGAAGCAUCAACAGGACGGAGACCCGGUAGAGACCCGGUAACCGGAGAACCGGAGAGGGACCAGAGGACCGUUUACCGGUUAACGGGAUGAGUUGAUGAGAUAUUUAAUAUUUGAUGUUUGUUUGUGUUGAAGGAGACACGAAGAAGAAUCAACAGGACCCGCCGCCCCCCCACCGAACCGGGUCUGAUGUUUAAUUAAAAACAUCAUUUAAUCCUCCGGAGAGGAAGAACCCGGUUCCGGUUCGGUCCACCGGGACCAGAACACACCGACCACCGGACAGACCACCGGACAGACCUCCGGAUCAACAGAUCAUUAUUUGAUUCAUUAUUGAUUAUUAUUGAUUAUUAAAGAUCAGAACACCUUUAACCCGACGGACCCGGCUGGUGGUACCGGACCGGUACCGGGACCACCGGGAGGAUCACCGGGAUUUAAAUAAAUCACAGACGGUGAAAAUCAACAGGAGACCACCGGACGACGUUUACCGGAAUCCUGACCGGAGAACCAUGGAGCUGCGCGGCGUGCUCCUCCUCGCCGUGCUGCAGUGCUGUUCGGUGGCCCGCGGCGGCUGCGAGCCCCGGCUGGUGAACAUCGGCGCCGUGCUGAGUCAGAAGCGCUACGAGCAGGUGUUCAAGGAGGCGGUGACUCAGGCCAACACGCUGUACGGGAAGGACAAGUUCAAGAUGAACGCCAUCUCUGUCACGCACAAACCCAACGCCAUCCAGAUGGCCCUGUCCGUCUGCGAGGACCUCAUCUCCAACCAGGUGUACGCCAUCCUGGUGAGUCACCCUCCUCAGUCCAACGACCACCUGACUCCAACGCCGGUCUCCUACACCGCCGGCUUCUACCGGAUCCCCGUGGUCGGCCUGACGACGCGCAUGUCCAUCUACUCUGACAAGAGCAUCCACCUGUCCUUCCUGAGGACGGUCCCUCCGUACUCCCACCAGGCUCACGUCUGGUUCGACCUGAUGAGAGAGUUCAGGUGGAACCACAUCAUCCUCAUCGUCAGCGACGACCACGAAGGACGAGCUGCUCAGAAGAGACUGGAGACGCUGCUGGAGGAGCGAGAGACCAAGGCGGAGAAGGUGCUGAUGUUCAGCCCCGAAACCAACCUGACGGCUCUGCUGCUGGAGGCCAAAGACCUGGAGGCCCGAGUCAUCAUCCUCUCUGCCAGUGAGGAUGAAGCUGCAGCGGUGUAUAAAGCGGCCCGUCAGCUCAACAUGACCGGUUCCGGCUACGUCUGGCUGGUCGGAGAGAGAGAGAUGACCGGCAAAGCUCUGAGUGAAGCUCCAGACGGCCUGCUGGGCCUCCAGCUGAUUAACGGUAAGAACGAGUCGGCCCACAUCGCGGACGCCGUGGCGGUGGUGGCCCAGUCUCUGCAGGAGCUGUUUGAGAAGGAGAACAUCACGGAGCCUCCGCGGGGCUGCGUGGGCAACACCAACAUCUGGAGGACCGGGCCGCUCUUCAAACGAGUGCUAAUGUCAUCCAAGUACCCUGACGGUCUGACCGGACGAAUCGAGUUUAACGAUGACGGCGACCGGCGCUUCGCCACCUACAGCAUCCUGAACUACCAGCAGAAGCCGGGUCGCCUCGUCCAGGUCGGGGUCUUCAACGGGUCACAGGUUGUCAUGAACCCUCAGAGGAAGAUCAUCUGGCCCGGAGGAGAGACGGAGAAACCAGUCGGAUACCAGAUGUCAACCAAACUCAAGAUCGUGACCAUCCAUCAGGAGCCGUUUGUUUACGUGAAGCCAACGAAGCUUGACGGGACGUGUAAAGAGGAGUACACCGUCAACGGAGUCCUGAUCAAGAAGGUGAUCUGUACCGGACCCAACGGGACCACACCAGGUCAGCCCAUCGUCCCUCAGUGUUGCUAUGGUUUCUGCAUCGACCUCCUCAUCAAGCUGGCGAUGAGCAUGAACUUCACCUACGAGGUUCACCUGGUGGCUGAUGGGAAGUUUGGCACGCAGGAGCGCGUAAACAACAGCAACAAGAAGGAGUGGAAUGGGAUGAUGGGGGAGCUGCUGGGAGGUCUAGCCGACAUGAUCGUAGCUCCUCUCACCAUCAACAACGAGCGCGCUCAGUACAUCGAGUUCUCCAAACCCUUCAAGUACCAGGGGCUCACUAUCCUCGUCAAGAAGGAAAUCCCUCGCAGCACUCUGGAUUCAUUCAUGCAGCCGUUCCAGAGCACACUGUGGCUGUUAGUCGGUCUGUCGGUCCACGUGGUGGCAGUGAUGCUUUACCUAUUAGACCGGUUCAGCCCGUUUGGAAGGUUUAAAGUGAACAGUGAAGAAGAAGAAGAAGACGCCCUCACCCUGUCCUCCGCCAUGUGGUUCUCAUGGGGAGUACUGUUGAACUCUGGGAUAGGAGAAGGAGCUCCCAGGAGUUUCUCAGCGAGGAUUCUGGGUAUGGUGUGGGCAGGUUUCGCUAUGAUCAUAGUAGCGUCCUAUACUGCCAACCUGGCAGCCUUCCUUGUGUUGGACCGGCCUGAGGAGCGCAUCACUGGCAUCAACGACCCCAGGCUGCGUAACCCAUCAGAUAAGUUCAUCUACGCCACAGUGAAGCAGAGUUCGGUGGAUAUCUACUUCAGACGGCAGGUGGAGCUGAGCACCAUGUACCGGCACAUGGAGAAGCACAACUACGAGAGCGCCGCUGAGGCCAUCCAGGCCGUCAGAGACAAUAAGCUUCAUGCCUUCAUCUGGGAUAGCGCUGUGUUGGAGUUCGAGGCGUCACAGAAGUGCGAUCUGGUGACGACAGGAGAGCUUUUCUUUCGCUCCGGAUUUGGGAUCGGAAUGAGGAAAGACAGUCCGUGGAAACAGAACGUUUCUCUGGCUAUUCUCAGCUCUCAUGAGAACGGCUUCAUGGAGGAUCUGGACAAGACGUGGGUUCGGUACCAGGAGUGCGACUCAAGGAGCAACGCCCCCGCUACCCUCACCUUCGAGAACAUGGCAGGUGUGUUCAUGCUGGUUGCCGGGGGCAUCGUCGCCGGUAUCUUCCUCAUCUUCAUCGAGAUCGCUUACAAACGCCACAAAGACGCUCGCAGGAAACAGAUGCAGCUCGCCUUCGCUGCCGUGAACGUCUGGAGGAAGAAUCUGCAGGUACCGGACUCUAUUCUAUUCUACUGUACUCGACUGUACUCUACUGUAUUCUGUUGUUUUUUUUACUGUACUCUACUCUAACUCCACUCUACUGUUUUUACUGUAUUCUACUCUAACUGUAGUCCAGUGUUUUCUACUGUACUCUACUCUACUCUAACCGUACUCUACUGUUUUCUACUGUACUCUACUCUAACUCUACUCUACUGUUUUCUACUGUACUCUACUCUACUCUAACU